GAUGUUUGGAUCAGGUGGUCGACUGAGAGCAUGGAUCCAGAGGGCGCACAGGGCAGUUUGCUCAGCAAGGUUAACGUACCUGACCACGCUCACUACAUCGUCGCUAUAUUUGUGUUUGUCAUUGGGGCACUCGGCAUCACUGGGAAUGUUCUGGUUAUGUUUGCCUUCUACAGCAACAAGAAGCUUCGCAACCUGCCGAACUAUUUCAUCAUGAACUUGGCCGUCAGUGAUUUCCUCAUGGCUUUCACACAGUCUCCUAUCUUUUUCAUAAAUUGCCUUUACAGGGAAUGGAUGUUUGGGGAGAUGGGGUGUAAGAUUUAUGCAUUCUGCGGAGCCCUGUUUGGCAUUUCCUCCAUGAUAAACCUGCUGGCCAUCUCCGUGGAGCGGUAUCUGGUCAUCACUAAGCCCCUGCAGACGAUUCACUGGAGCUCAAAAAGAAAAACUACUCUUGCGAUUUUCCUGGUCUGGUUUUAUUCCUUGGCUUGGAGUCUGGCUCCUCUGGUUGGAUGGAGCUCUUACAUUCCUGAGGGCCUGAUGACAUCCUGCACGUGGGAUUAUGUUACCUACACACCGGCUAAUAGAAGCUACACCAUGAUGCUUUGCUGUUUUGUCUUCUUUAUUCCCCUGGGAAUUAUCCUUUACUGCUAUCUUCGAAUGUUCCUAGCGAUACGAAAGACCAGCAGGGCAGUGGAACGUCUGGGGACGCAGGUGAGAAAAUCUACCAUGAUUCAACAGAAGACCAUUAGGAGUGAGUGGAAGCUGGCAAAGAUUGCCUUUAUUGUCAUCGUGGUCUACGUUCUGUCCUGGUCUCCGUACGCCUGUGUCACACUCAUUUCCUGGGCUGGUUAUGCUGACAUCCUAUCACCGUACUCCAAGGCUGUCCCUGCGGUCAUAGCAAAGGCCUCAACCAUCUACAACCCCAUCAUAUACGCUAUCAUACACAACAAAUACAGGAUGACUUUGGCAGAGAAAUUUUCUUGCCUGAGGUUCCUGUCUCCCACUCCUCCAAAAGAAUGCACCUCCUACUCCUUCAGCGAGUCCUCCUUCAGGGACUCCAUCAUCAGCAGACAGUCUUCAGUCUCAAGAAGUCAUUUUAUCAACACUUUGCCCAGUCGCACCGACAUGGAACUCAAAGAUGUGCAGGUGGAAGCUGUGAGCAGGAAAUCCAGCAGUUCUUUCAGAGGGAUGUCAUCAUACAGCGGCUCUUGCAGAGAAAGAUCCUGUAAGAGGCAACUCGAGUGGAAAAAGAUAAACACAUAUACGACAGAGAAGCAUCCAUCCACCCUUGGUGACCCACUGAGCGACUUGAACCAUGAACUGGUCUCCAACUCUUUGACCAUCGCCACUCUCCCUUUGCUUCUUCUUACAAAGAGGUGCAGCAAGAGUCUAAUCAACGAGAUUCCAGGACCUCACGGGGAGAAAAGCAGCUCUGUUGACAGGCUCAACAACUGCAUAAGUGACUCCGCUGAUUCACUGCAGCAUGGCAAAACACCACCCAGUGCCCCCAGGUCGCCUCAGACUAUUCCACGGAUUAUCGUCAUUAGCCCCACCAGCGAAAGCAGCCUCAUCAACUAUGACAGCAUUCACUCUGAAGACAGCUUUGAAUCGAUGGAAAACAAUCUUUUUGUGAGCCUGAACUUCUCAUCAGAAGUCUUUGAGGCAGUGAAGCUUCUCUCUUGACCAGCUGGACUCCUGACGUUUUUUCUUCUAUUUUCUUCUUCUAUUUUGUAAAUAUUUUAUGAAUAUUUAAUUUUCUACAAGGAAAUUUAAUAAAAGGAUAUUCUAAUGUGCAAAUAUAACCCCAUAGUCAAUGCAGAUGUCAAAUUAUUCCCUACGCUACAAUGUUAAAUAACAGACGAAAUGGUAGCAGAUGGAAAAGAUACAAUACUAAAAUUAAAGUUUUGGAUUCAUUUCUCGUCCUCUCAAAAAAUAAAAGAACAGUAGCAACAUUAAGUUGUAAGUAGAUAUAGUGCA